CAUCGCGGCCGCCGCGGGGAAGGCGCCGCCGCUGCCCGCCCGAGCCGGCCACGCCAUGGCCCCACCGCCCGGACAGACCCCGCUCCCCGACUGGGACGGGCUGAAGCUCCGCGUGCGGACCCUCAUCGCCUCCCACCGCGUCAUGAUCUUCAGCAAGAGCUACUGCCCGUACUGCAACAAGGUGAAGGAACUCUUCCGCUCCAUGCGUGUGGAAUACUAUGCUUUGGAACUUGAUGUGACUGAUGAUGGGGCCAGUAUUCAGCAAGUGUUGGCAGAGUUAACAAAUCAGAGGACAGUGCCUAAUGUAUUUGUCAAUGGAACUCACAUAGGUGGCUGUGAUGCAACGUACCAGGCUUAUCAGGACGGAUCACUGCAGAAACUUCUUGGGGAUAGCAAAGAUACAGAACCCUAUGAAUAUGACCUUAUUAUUAUUGGUGGUGGCUCAGGUGGACUUGCAUGUUCCAAGGAAGCUGCUGCCUUGGGAAAGAAAGUAAUGGUAUUGGAUUAUGUUGUUCCAACACCUCUUGGAACCUCGUGGGGACUUGGUGGCACAUGUGUGAAUGUAGGUUGCAUUCCUAAGAAGCUAAUGCAUCAAGCAGCACUUCUGGGCCAGGCACUCCAAGAUUCAAGGAAAUAUGGGUGGCAGUAUGAAGAACAAGUUAAACACAACUGGGAGGUCAUGGUAGAAGCAAUUCAGAACUACAUUGGUUCUUUAAACUGGGGCUAUCGAGUGUCCUUGAGAGAAAAGUCUGUGACAUACCUCAAUUCUUAUGGAGAAUUCGUCGAACCACACAAAAUUAAGGCAACUAAUAGAAAAGGACAAGUAACCUAUCACACAGCAGAGACUUUUGUCCUGGCGACAGGAGAAAGGCCUAGAUAUCUGGGUAUCCCUGGAGAUAAAGAAUUCUGUAUUACAAGCGAUGACCUCUUCUCCCUGCCUUACUGUCCUGGCAAAACUCUAGUUGUGGGUGCUUCCUAUGUGGCUCUGGAAUGUGCAGGAUUUCUUGCUGGUCUAGGCCUCGAUGUCACGGUGAUGGUGCGUUCCAUCCUUCUGCGGGGCUUUGACCAAGAAAUGGCUGAGAAAGUAGGGGCUCACAUGGAAACACACGGCGUGAAGUUCAUCAGGAAGUUUGUACCUGUUCAGGUUGAGCAGCUGGAGCAAGGCAUGCCGGGAAGGCUGAAAGUGACGGCAAAGUCUACUGAGGGACAGGAAAUCUUUGAAGGAGAAUACAACACUGUUUUGAUAGCCAUUGGUCGUGAUGCGUGUACCAGAAAUAUUGGUUUAGAGACGAUUGGCGUCAAAAUCAAUGAGAAGAAUGGUAAAGUACCUGUAAAUGAUGAAGAACAAACCAAUGUGCCUUACGUUUAUGCUAUUGGGGAUAUCUUGGAGGGAAAGCUUGAACUUACCCCAGUUGCCAUUCAGGCAGGGAGACUGCUGGCCCGCAGGCUGUAUGGGGGUAGUUCCAGAAAGUGUGACUAUAUCAACGUACCAACGACAGUGUUUACUCCUUUAGAGUAUGGCAGCUGUGGGUUUCCUGAAGAAAGAGCCAUAGAAGAAUAUGGAAAGCAAAACUUGGAGGUUUAUCACAGUUUGUUCUGGCCACUUGAAUGGACAGUACCAGGCAGAGAUAACAAUACCUGUUAUGCAAAGAUUAUCUGCAAUAAACAGGACAAUAAUCGUGUGAUAGGACUUCAUAUUCUUGGGCCUAAUGCUGGUGAGGUGACCCAAGGUUUUGCUGCUGCAAUAAAAUGUGGUCUCACCAAAGAACAGCUUGAUGAAACAAUUGGUAUCCAUCCUACUUGUGCAGAGGUGUUCACUACGAUGGAUAUUACGAAGGCCUCGGGACAAGACAUCACUCAGAAGGGCUGCUGAGGUUAAACCUGCUGUUUUACAUGUUUCCAUGUUGUUCACACUUGGUUCUGGGGAAGCUCUAAUACAUCCAACUGCUUUGCAGCAAAGUAAACAUUUGCAUCAAUACCACUGUACGUGCUGCAGCUGGGAGUGGUGCCUUUGAGAACCUUCCUCAGUAAGUUGUGUUGCACAUGGAAACAGUAAUACAGCAGGAAAAUCUUGAACUGUAAGUCUUGGCUUUGCUUGGAAUUAGCACUGUGGUGCUUUUUUGACGUUCUAGCUCGGAACCUUCUCGUGAGGUGAGCUACGACUGAUGGCUCCAGGCAAGGUUGGGAGAUCCUUCCUCUAGUCACAUGACUGAACUCCUCCUGAAGGAAAUUCUUAAAUUGCACAAAUUUAAAGCUGAUGCUUCUAGGUUCCAGUGUCUUGUACAAAUGCUUGAAAUAGAAGAAAAAAAUAUAUAAUUGAAUGAUUCUUGCCAACAGUUUACAGCUGACUGAUUUAUCUUUUUGAUGAAUUUUGUUAUAGAUAGUUGUAUAUUCAGUUAAGGCAAGAUGGCACAAGUAGAAUGCAGUGUUGAGCAGUGCAGUUCAAGCACUAGUCUCCCACCUCAACCAGGCUAAAACUUCAGAGUAUCCUCUGUGUCAGGGUUGAAGAGCAUAAGCGCAAGACCUUGUCAAUUUACCCAAGUCUGGUUUCAGCUCUGUAACUUUAAACCUUACAGAACCCACAACUCUUAAGUCUGUGCUCUUGAGUACUAAAGUCUUGGGGGGAGCAGACUCUGCCCCACUAAUAAAGUAGGUGCCUGCCCAUGAUGGUAGUAAGCAUUGUCUAGAACUGCUCUCUGAAUCAUGUGUGGCAGCACAGAGCAAUGACCUGGUGUGCUUUGUGUAGUGUUGUGUACGGUCAGUACUCUGAAGCUUUCUUCCAUCCCUAGCAUACUGUUUUGGGGGAAUUGUGCUUGAAUUUGGCUCUUAGUUUUGUUCAAAGGGAUGUUUUGAAAGACUAUUCUGAGCAUUGUAUGAUAGUAAACAGUUUUUAACUAUUUAAUCUGUGAUGUACCAUGGAAUUUGAAGUUCAAUAAACAAUGCAUACAACACA